UUGGGUUUUGUACAUGUGAUGUGUAUUUUUUGGGAAAACAUGGUUCCUGGAAUAGUCAGUAGACAAUCAUAAUCAUUUAACUGUUUCACUGGAGUUAAAAAUGCAGACUAAAUAUCGAGAAAAUCGACAAUAUCGUAGAAUCGCAAUUUAAAUCGAAUAAAUCAUAGAAGAAUCUAAUCAGGGGAAAAGUAUAUUGUCCCAGCCCUAUGAAUCAGGCACUGAUAAUUUGAACAAAAGCUGUUACAUCACUGAGAGUCUCAUUAGCUUUUGUAGGUCAUAUAGAAUAAUGUUUAUAUAUUCCAGUCAAUUUCAUAACCACAAAAAAAAAAAUUCCUCUGUAGACCUUGGUGUGAAAUAUUUUAGUACUCUUUCCAUCCUAGAUUGUAAUGGAGUAGUAUCAGUAAGAACAAGGGAAAAAAACAGAGACAGAAAGGACCGUGUGACUUUUCAGGUACUUGGAAAUGAUAAUAAUAGUAAUAAUAGUAAUAAUAGUAAUAGUCAUUGCUGUUGUUGUUUUGUUGUUGUUGUUAUAAUAAUUAUUAUUAGUAGUAGUAUUAUACCAGGUCGAUGUUUUGUUUUUCUGAGAACAAUGACAUUUCCGACGGUGUUUGAAUGCAGCAGAACUUGCGUGUUUCUGCGUGUUUCAGUGUGAGCGUGUGUCUGUGUGUUAGUGUGUGUUAGUGUAUGUGUGUGAGUGUGUAUGUGGGAACGUGUGCAGACCGCGUGUGGCGCAGAGGAGGAUAGAAAACAAACAGUUUCGGGGUCUGAGGUGAGUUUGUGAUCGGGCCGAUCAAUCAGCUCUUUUCUCUCUGCAGCAGGCUCACCGCCGCCGGGCUGCGGUGUUGCUCCGCCCCGGUGUGAUUCAUCUGGAGAGGAGGCGCCGCGGAGCGGACAAUCUCCCGCUGUUAAAUCCGCCGUGGAACAUAUGCUAACCUGCUAGCAUACUAGCUGACACUGUGACAGCCGUGGGCCUCAUUACAGGCCACUUCUCGCCGCUGCAACAGCGAGGAGACCCGCAGAGUCGGCCCGGAGAAGGAAGAGUUCGCCCGGGGGGAGAGGUGAUCACUCUGGAGCGGAGUGCCGGACUGGUGGCCGCGGAGAGCCGUCUGUUUAUAGCGUCAGGCCGUGGAGAUCCGAGGGGGGCGGUGCUGCCUCAGAUGGUUGCUGGAUCACAAUAACAAACCACCAGUUAGCCCCACUCAUACAAAGCAGGAAAAAAGCGACGUAAACUUGAGAAAACUUCAACAAACUGUGACUUUAAUACUGUAUAUUUCAAUGAUUACAACAAGAAUAUGUUGAUUCAGCUCUCCAUUUCUAGUAAGUGAAGUUUUUGCUACGCUGAAAACAGAGAGCAGAGCUGAGGUGUGCAAAAACCGAGUUUCACCUGAACGCCUCAUUCCGUCAGCAGCCACGAGAGGACAGAAUUAGACUGCAGCUGUAAAUAAAGUUUACUGCAAACACUGAACAGAAAAUGUUUCAGCAUUCAUGUUUGAAUUAUUAAGGUGACUGAUGAAGAUAAAAAAUAAUUAUAACUGUUACUUCAUGCAGUUUGUCAGUUUUUACAUAUAGUUAAGCUGAAUCUGGACCAUGGACUGGCUUUAAAUGAAACCAGACAGGUAUCUGACAUUUACAACUGUUAAAUUAACCAAAAUAAUGAGCAGACUGAUUAUCGUGAAAAGAAUGGAUUAAUUGUUACUCCUCAGUUUGUUUCUAAUAGAAGAAAUGUGUCACCUGUUUGACAGAAGCUGGGAAGUUGUUUUGACAGAAGGAGGAAACAUUAACACUGUGUGUCCGUCUGUCUGUCUGUCCAUCUGCUUUUUUUCCAGCUGUCGUGGUGAUGAGCAGCAGUGAGUGUUUUGGUUGUGGCCGCAGUGGUCACUGGGUGAAGAACUGUCCUAGCGGGGGUCGAGGUCGAGGGAAAGGCCGCGGCAGAGGAAAAGGUGGCCCUAAUUCUCUAUAUCUUGUUACACUUGUUACACUCCAUUAUGAUGCUGCAGAUCAGGGGGUUAGAAUCAGGCUUUCAGAGAAGAACAGCUGCAUGCACGUACAAUGCCUGCAAUAGUUGUACUGCAUUUUGUACGUUAUACAAAGUUACUCUUAAUGUCCAAUAUGAAACCAUACAUUUGCCUGUUAGAUUUGUGUAGGAGCAAAAUCAACCAUAUGGCAAGUACUACAAUUGAAAAAGCAGGUCAGAAGCUGGUACAGAAGAGCGAAAAAAGGCAAAUCUGCAGUUCCUUCAGUGUCCACUAGAGGCUCCAAAAGCCAAGGGACUCUAUAGACGGGUUUCAUGUGUACAAACAAUACUAGGUGCGCGCGCAACCAGGGGGCAAAAGCCUGCUUUGGAGUGACCUGAAAUCAAUGAAGAUACCGUAUUGUUCUCCCCGACACAAUUGCAAUAAAAUGUCAUUUCAUUGAAAAAUCGCUUUGUCUUUCAUUGCAUCAAAAUCAGAAAAACACUUGCUGAAAUGUCCAUGAAUUUCACUCAAUUUACCAGGUUGGGACGUUGUUUUAGAUGUUUCUAAUAUCAGGAAUAGGGUCAUAAUGUUUGCCGAUUGUUUGUUUUGCAGAUUCGUGCAGUUUACAGCACAACAGCUCCUUGUCAUUUUCUUUUUCCGUUGACUCCGCUAGUAAACAAAUAAGAAAUGUCCCGCUUUCUGCCCCCUGGCUGUGCACGCAUGCCUGUGAUGAUGUUGCAUAGAAACCUGCCUAUUGGGUCUGCUGACAAAUAAAUGAAACUCCCUUAAUGAUGCUUUUCUCUGUGUAUUUCAGAUCUGUUUUGUUAUCGCUGUGGGGAACCUGGACAUGUCGCCAGAGACUGUGAGAGGACUGAAGAUGGUAAGGACAGAACACACAAACAGGAACAUUGCAUUGCAUUACAGAGAGCAUCUCUAUGCAUCAGUUUAAAUGAGUCAUUGUGUAUCCAUUUAGGGCUAAAUUUACCUUUUAUGAACCAAAACAGAUCUUCCUACUACCGCAGUAUUUAUGAGGAGCACCACAUUUAAACUUUUCAGUGAUCAUAACAUAAAGAAAAAUAUGUGUAUAAAGUCUGUUGCUUUUACUCUGACAGUGCUAUUUAUAUUGUAACAAAUAUGAAAUCAGUCUAAAGCCGCGUUCAGACCAAACGCGACAAGGUCGCGUCGCGUCGCGUCGGUCGGUCAGGUCGCGUCGCGUGGUGCCCUGGUGUGUCAACACCGGGUCCAAAGCUGCAGUCGCAGGUCGCGGCUGGUCGCAGGUGACGUCAUCCAUGUCACUAGCUCAGUUUUCAGUUCAUCAGUGCUGCCGCAUAUCUGUACAUCCGCAGUAGACGCCGCCGGCGUUUAUGGGUGCAUGAAACCAUCCGGAGGAGGACGGAGCUGGGUGAAUUUCACCGCUUGCUCCAGGAACUCCGCCUGGACGACGGCCGCUUCCAGCGGUACUUCCGUGUGUCGACGGCGCAGUUCGAGGACCUCCUCGCCCGGGUGGGAAGCAGCAUCUCCCGCCUGGACACGAAAUACAGGCGCUCCGAAACUGAGAUGCUUCUUCUUUGGCGUUGCGGUCCCGGUACAGCCCGCAACCCACGUCGUAUAGCACCGGGUGGUAGCUAACGGAUGUGAUUAACUGCUCCUCCAUUGUGAUUCUUCUUCUCCUCUUCCUUGUUUCGCCGGUUUGUUGACGUCAGCAGAGCCCUGAUUGGCUGUCGCGGCACGGAGUCGCUCCCAAAGUUCAAAUAUUUGAACUUUGGGAGCGACGCGACUUGGCGUCCUGCGACCUCGGCGACGCGACCUCGGGGACGCGCCUUGGCGACCCGUCGCGCCCGGUCGCCCGGUCGCGCAUGGUCGCGUCGCAGGAAGCCGGCGGUCGCCAAGUCGCGUCAGGUCGCGGCUGGCCAUAGACUUUGCAUUGGGAGCCGUCGCCAAGUCGCGUCAGGUCGCGUUUGGUCUGAACGCGGCUUAAGGCUGUCCUAGGCUUGGGCAUCAGAGCUGUUCUGCUGUUAUUUGUGUUUAUUUGAACGAGCUGCUCUUCCUGAUUAUCCCAGGAGGAAGCUUUUUUAUGAACAGUUCAAUUUUAUUUUGUGUCUGUCAAUCAACUUCAUAAUAAACUGGUCAGAAGUUUCCCCUCAUCACCCAUACUCUUAUCUCCAUCAGGAUGAGAGUGUGGGGAUGCUUACAGCUCAUCCACAAUCGAACGCAAAACAAGAGCAAACUGCACAGAGAUGCUUAACUUUAGGGAUGAGGUUGAGCUUGAAUUUGCUUUAUGAAUUAAACAUUUUGUAAGACAGCCCUGUUCUCUCUACAGCCUGUUAUAACUGUGGCAGAGGAGGUCACAUCUCCAGGGACUGUAAGGAGCCAAAGAAGGAACGCGAGCAGCUGUGCUACAACUGUGGGAAGGCUGGACACAUGGCCCGCGACUGCAACCAUGCCCACGAGCAGAAGUGCUACUCCUGCGGCGGCUUUGGACACAUUCAGAAAUGCUGCGAGAAGGUCAAAUGCUACAGGUAAAAAAGACUCUGGGCAAACUAUUAGCAACUGUAGACCAACAGCUAUAGAUACAGAAUUACUAACUUUAAACUAAGUCUUUAGGUGAAAUGAUGUGACAGGUUAGCUCAGGGCUAUACUUGUUCUUUCUUGCUGUGAUGGCCCAGAAAGUUAGCGGCAGAAACUCCAACAUUUCAGUGAAUGCCAAAGAUAUUUCACAAAACCCCCAAAUUAUGAUCAUAUACAUUAAUGAUUCAAAAAACUAAAAAACAUUUCAUGGAAAAGAGGAAAGAGAAAUCGUAAACACAAUUUAAAAAUUUAGGAGGUAGAUAGAACUGCAAAGAAAUGUGACAAAAACUAAAGAUAUUUUUAAAAUUUGACAUGGAUCACCAAAUCAAUUUACUAAAUGCUUUUUGUUUUUUUAAUUUCAUGAAGUAUUUUAAGUUUUGUGAAUAGUUUUUAAAUUUUAUUACAGUUUUGUUUUUGAUUUCAAAAAAAUACCUUUGGGUUUUUUGAUGUUUUAUUGUUUUGGGUUUUACAUAAAAAAUUGUUUUGUGAAAUGAUUUGAUGAAGUUUUGGGCUUUAAGUUCUAUAUGUGCAAAUCUUGAAAUGUCAGUGAAAUGGUUGAAUCUUAAAGUUUCUUGAAAUCUUUGAGUUCGUCCUUGAAAUUUAUUUGACGUUUUUAAAUGUCCUUGGCAUUCAGGACAAUGUGUUUGCCGUUUUGUCAAAAUGUAGCACUUGGUAAAAUGUUUUUCGUAUUUUGUAAAAAGUUUUUGAUGUCCAGUGAAAUGUUUUUGCAAUUUUGGGAACUGUCUGGAGCAGUUAGUGUGAUAUUUUUUUUUGUGUUUUCUGUAAUAUUGUUUGAGAUUCAGUGAAAUCUUUUGGCUUUUUCUGAUUUUUUUUUUGUGGUAAUCAUUAAAGAGUUGGCAUAGAGUUAAAUAUUCUGAAGGAUUUUGUGAAAAAUUUUUGGCACUGAGUGGAUUUUCUUUUCUUUUCUUUUCUUUUUUGUUAAUGUUAAGUAAAAUCAUUUUGGACUUUUGUAAAAUGUGUCUGACAUUAAGUGAAAGAUCUUUUGCAUUUUUUGAAAUGGUGUUGUUGUCCAGUAAAAAGUUUGGGGGAUUUCAUGUAUGUCUUAUGCCUUUAAAAAAAAUUUUUUUGUGUUUUGAAAACUGUUUUUGUAAUUUCAUGAAAUGUUUUUGGUAUUAUUUAAAGAGUUGUGUAGUGGACCUUCAGGAGCGUUCUAGUUUUACAUUAAAAUCAGUUAUUGGUGUUGACAUUGGGUGUAUUUUCUUCAGGUGUGGGGAGAUUGGCCACGUUGCGGUGCACUGCAGCAAGGCGUCGGAGUUGAACUGCUAUAACUGUGGAAAGUCGGGUCACCUGGCCAAGGAGUGCACCAUUGAGGCCACUGCCUAGCUGCCGCCCAAACUCUGACCCCGACCUCAAUCUCUUUUAUCUCUUCUUUCUUUCUCUUUUCUCAUGCCCUCUCAUCCUCCUCUUCUUAUUGGCCUGGAAUCCUGCCAGUCAGUCUCACAGCAGCCAAUCAGAGUAGGAGGAGGAAGAAAAAGGGGUGGACACUAAAAGAAAAACAAUUUCCUUCUGCAUUUUUAAAAGAAAACAGGUUUGUGUUCGUAGUUUGGUAGCAGUGUCAUAACGUGCAAUGCUUUGUUUAAGAAUCCUUUCUGCCCAACCGAUUGGCUGAGAGGUAAACAAACCGUAAGGCUCCGCCUCUCAGUUCUGAAGUGGGCAGGGCUUCAACUGAGGGAUAAAUGUGAUGGAAGUUUCUUUUUUCCAAAAUGCUGACUUACUUUAUUUUCUUUUUCUGGUACAAAAGCAAAGUUUGUCCAACAGAAACAUGAUUGGCUCUAACUCCAGCAAAUAGCCAAUCACCAUGUAGGUAUGAAUGAAAGAGCCAAUCAGAGCAUGUCACAGCAGACUUCAAAAGGAGCAUUAAUUUUAAAUAUCUUUAAGGUGCUUUGUGUUGCUGUUUGGACCUCAUGGAGCGACUAACCGAUGGAGACUGAUUAUAAAGACACAUUUUGAAAUAACAAUGUUAAGUUUGGAAAGAGGAGAAUGUUUUCACAAAAAAAUCCAAAUAUUAUUUUUGUACAAUAUAUCACUUAGAGCUACUAUAAAAAUGUCAUUUGGUUGUACUGCAGCCUGUAAGUUUUAUCUGACAAUAAAAAAAUGGAGGAGGAUGAAGAGACAAACUCUGAUCUGUGCAGUUUCUUUUACAAUCACAUGAAACACACAAGAAAAGUCCCAAAC